CAGAAACCAGAGCAGUAGUACCCCAUAAAUGGCUGGCAACCUUGUUAACGACAGCGUCCACUCCUCAGUGUUCAAUGUUCUUCUUCACAGAUGGCAAGACCUUCGGUAUCACUGUCUUUACGGACUUCAUGGAUCAGUUCCGGGACCCUUGUGGUGUGGGUCUGUUCGAGGUGGCAGUGGACGGCCAGGACGCUAACGUGACGAAGGCGCAGCUCUCCCGGGUGGUCGACGAGGCUCGGCGGCUGCGGCAGGUGUCAUGGUGCGUGACGGUGGUGGUGGUGAGCGACGACCCAGCCUUCCUCGCCACCUUCGCCGAGUGGUCCCUCAAGGGCCACCUCCUGGUGUGGUCGACGAGACUCCUCGCCGUAACUCACCUGCCUCUCCCUGACCUACGCUACAUCCACAGGACCUUUUCCAGGAUGAACGCUAUGGUCGUCAUUGUGAAAGGCGCACCUGAGACAUUGAAGUGCAAUGUGUACAUACACUUACCAUACAGUUCUCCAGAGGACCGAGCGAUGCGUCUUGCCUUCUGGACGCCCCAGCGAGGUCUCACCCUCAAUACCCACUUGCCGCUUUUCCCUGACAAAUACUCCAAAUUCCUUAACCGACCAACGCUUGUCGUGGCAACAGAGGAGGUCCACGUCCAGAGAAAUGCUAAUGGUCGCAAGAGUAACUUCCUGGAGUACCUAUCACAAGGCCUUAAUUUUACGUACAAGUACGUGCACCCUGCUGAUGGGACGUUUGGUUCUGAACAAGAUGACGGGUCGUGGUCGGGAAUGGUAGGCAUGGUGAGCAGAGAGGAGGCAGACUUCUCGACUGGACCUUUCAGUCUAUCAGCCAGCCGGGCUGAGGUAGUGGACUUCACCUGGCCAGUAUCUAUAUCGUACUCAAGAAUCGUAGCUGGACUCGGACGGCCAGAGCUGGACCCAUGGGGCUUCCUGCUGCCCCUGGCACCACUGGUGUGGGCGUUCAUCCUGGCGUCGUUACUGCUGCUGCCUGCGGCCAUGUUCAUCUUGUCUUUGUGUUGCUCUAUGAAAGAUACUGACCAAUGGCUAUGGGUGACGGAUGGCUUCACCUUGCUCCGCAUAUUAUUACAACAAGGUUAG